AUUCCGGCUAGCUAUGUUAUUUCUGCCAGCCUUAAGCCUAUGAUUAUUACUUUUUCUUUUGGAUCCUGGUGCUUCCACAAUGCCUUUCACCGGAAAAGCAAGUACGAAAUACUCCCUGCUUCCAAACUCGGACUCUCCCACGCCAACUACCAGCGAGAAGCCCCUACGUUCAAAGCUAACGAGGUCCUCUUACGCGUUAAUUGCCGUUUUGCUCGUAUCUUCAGUACUGAUAUCUGCGUUAUUACUUACUCCAAAACUCAGGAGUACAUGCACACAACCACGCCUACGACAGGAAUGGCGAACCCUAACUCAAAAUGAAAAACAGUCCUAUCUCGCAGCUGCUCAUUGCUUAACUACAACCCCAUCGUCGUCGCUUUCCAAUGCCACAAUCCAUGAUGAAUUCUCACUACUUCAUAGUCGGGUCGGGAAUUACUCCCACAACGCCGCCUCUUUUCUCCCCUGGCAUCGGUUCUUCGUUCACGCCUAUGAGCAAGCACUGUAUGAGUACUGCGAAUACGAUGGGGUUAUACCAUACUGGGACUGGAGCCUCGACUACCAGGACCUCCUCAAAUCGCCCAUAUGGAACAUCAACGACGGCUUCGGGGCAGAUGGGGACAAAAACACAUCGACUGACAUAGACCCGAAUAUGGGCUCGAGAAUGGGAGUCAACGGCCACUGUGUGGUCGACGGUCCAUUCGCAGGAUUCACACCAGUAUACUACGAAGGGGCGUACCAGCCUCACUGCCUCUCGCGUGGAUUCCUGGACGAAGAGACAGUGAAGAGAGUGGGUAACUUGACAAUGAGACCCAGCGUGCUGCAGGAACUUGUCCGGAACGAGUCCUCGUACUUUGACUUCCUGCUUCGCGUGGAGACGAUGUCGCAUUUGACGAUUCCGUAUGUUGUCCAGGGGGAUUUCAGGACUGUGACGGCACCAAACGAUCCAGUUUUCUACCUUCAUCACGGCCAGGUUGAUCGUCUUUGGUGGAGUUGGCAGCAGAUGUCGUCUGAGCGAAGGUUUGAAUAUAAUGGACCUGCCCGGAAUGACGAGUCUGUUGAUGCGGAUGUAAUGGAUGAGCUGGAUUUCGGUGACCUGUUUCCUAGAGUUACUGUUGGCGAUGUGAUGGAUACGCAGAGUGGCGUGUUAUGCUAUCACUAUGAUAGGAGUAUUCUUUAAGGUGUCGUUUACUGAUUACAUCUCGCUAGCUCUACUUUGGCUGUCCAGUUGUAUCCCGAAUAAAGUGGUU